AUGGUCCGCGAACGCAAAGAGAAGAGGGCCAAGAACAUCAAGCUCAAGCAGCCUGAUCGGUCUGGCCCGACAGAGAAGACGCUGUUGGACAUCGCAGCCGAGAGGAAUCUCUUCAAGCAAGCCGCCGCCAAGGAGCGCAAGAACAAGGGCCAGCAAGGGGCACAGGACGGAGAGGACGACGACGAUAAUGACGAAGACGACGGCAUACCUGCGGCUGCCGAGCGCAUCCUGGAGACGCUGCUCUACACCGUGUCGCUGGCUAUGCUGCACUUGACCUUCGACGUCCUGGUGCAGCAGCAGUAUGCCAUUGAGAUGGACUGGUUCAAGAUUGUGCAGAGGGCGGUACAAGCUCUGAUGGUCUUCGCGGCCCUCGUCUACGCCCUCCAUCCUCAUGCCGCAGCCCCGACUGUCGUUCCCGGCCUACCCCAACGUUACCAGAAUCCUGCUCGACAGACGAUAUUUCUGGUAAUGGGAACAAUCGCCGGGUGCUACUUGAUCUACAUCACAAACAAGUACAGUUAUAUUGCUGUCCUCAAGCAGGCUCCACCCGUUGGGUGUCUCUGGGUGUGGUCCAUCAUCGAGUUGAACCUCGUCCUGGCAGUAGCCAGCCUGGCCGGAUCCGAUAAUGGUUCAGGUGGGAAAACACCCAUCCUGAGCUACGAGGUCCAGCCUGAAAAUCAAAAGAUUCAAAAGGACAGAUGA